UAUAAAGCAGUUAGGUAGUCACCAUGCAGAGCAGCCCUUUUGCCCUUUGUCUCCUCAUCCUGGGACUCUGCAUACUAUGGUUUCAGCUGUUGGGUGUUUCUGCUCAAGAACCUCUACCUGCAAAAUGCAAACUCCCCAAACAAACUGGGCGGUGCAAAGCACGUUUUGUAAAAUAUUACUACAAUGUCAAGAGCGAGAAGUGUGAAGAGUUCAUUUAUGGUGGCUGUCGUGGUAACAGAAAUAGAUUUGACACUAAAGUGAAGUGCAUACAGGAAUGUGCCAGGAAUACGCUGGUAAUUGACCGAAUCCGUGACAUUUUCAGACGUAUCAAAAUGUAACCUUGUUCUGUGGAACCGUGAGGUCUUCCGCCAUCUUGUACCAAAUCGGGUGCACACUUCUUGUAUGCUCUCUAGGAGAUGUCCCUGCUAUUCUUUGAUGCUUAAUUUAAAUAAUUAUUGGAAGACAAUGCAAUUACAUAUAUAUUUGCUUGCAUAGUCAAUAAAAGACAGAAA